AUGGAACUGACCAUUAGAUACGUCUCAAGCCUUCUGGUUGUGGUAUGGGUUCUACAUACCUUGAUUACCUUCCUGAGACUCUACAUCAUUGGCCGUCGCACCGGGUUCCCCGUCUACAUUAUCCCCAUUCAAACCAGGAGCGUGCCGUGGAUGUUUCUGAAUUCUGUUCUGCGACCGUACUUCGAGAAAUAUCUGCCAGAAUGUAUCUACGAGCGGAUAGACAUUGCGUCGGCCGGUUGGGAAUUUCGCAGAAAAGCGGAGAUGCAUCAGCGACUUGGACCGGCGUUUGUCGUAGUUACACUGAACCAGUGUGCCUUGUGGGUUGGUGACCCUGCGCUUGGCAACAUUGUGCUGCAGCGAAGGAAGGACUUUGUACAGGCGCCGAUUGUGAAGCGGAUGAUGGGGUUUUUAGGAUCUAAUGUGCUCCAGGCAAAUGGCGACGACUGGCAACGACAACGCCGCAUCGUGGCACCUAACCUAAAUGAGAGGAUCAGCGAAGCAGUAUGGAAUGAAAGCUGUGAGCAAGCACAGGAGAUGCUCGACUACCUGUCCAAACGGCCUGGUUCUCAAACAUUGAGCGGUCUGCGCUGCCUUGCUAUCAAUGUACUAGGCCAAGCAGGAUAUGGCCAAGCUCAACCCUGGCUCCCCGAGCUUCCAAUUCACUCCAAGGAAGAAUUGAAUGGCCGGGCAGGGUAUUUUAGUGCAAUGUCAUUAAUUACAGAUAUGCUUCCGUACGCCGCUCUCUUGCCACACAAGUUGCUGCGGAUGUCAUUCAUGCCGCUGGCUCGUCAAGCUUUAGGUCGCCAUUUGGAGAAAAUCAACCAAUACACCAAAGACAUGUUGGAUGACGAACGAAAAGCCGCUAAGUACGAAUCUGGCCCUCGAAAUAAUUUCCUCAACUCCCUGGUGCAAUUUUCGGAUCAAGGCACCGAUACCAAACCGGCCCUGACAAUGAGCGAAGACGAGAUCAGUGGCAACCUCUUUAUAUUCAGUGUCGCCGGGUUCGACACCACGGCUAAUACUAUGGGCUAUGCGGUGUGUCUAUUGGCAGCAUAUCCGGAAUGGCAGCACUGGGUGCGCGAGGAACUUGCCGCGCUCCCGGAUAUCUCACAAUGGAAGUACGAGGAAACAUUUCCCAAGUGCCAGCGCACCCUAGCUGUCAUGUUCGAAACACUACGCCACUUCACGCCCGUGCUGCACUCAACCCGAGCAGUCAGCGAAACACAGACACUAGUUGAUGCAGACGGCACACAGCAUAUCAUCACGCCCCCAAUGGACGUUUUUGUCUCACAGCAAAGUAUCCAUUACAACCCAAAUAUCUGGGGCGCAGAUGUGGAAGAAUUCAAGCCAACCCGAUGGCUUGACAAUUCUGGCAAUACCAUCACACCCCCAAAAGGUACAUUCAUACCAUGGUCUGGCGGACCGCGAGUUUGCCCUGGCAUGAAGAUGUCCCAGGUGGAGUUUGUGGCCGCCAUGGCGGUGCUCUUCCGAUCGGGUCGAUGCGAGCCUGUCACGGAAGGUGGUAUGAGUCUGGAAGAGUCUCGUAAAGCACUACAUGGAGUGUUGUAUCACGAUUCAAUUUCGAAGAUAACGAUGCAAGUGAAGAAUCCCACGAAGGUGAAGUUGGCGUGGUAUCAGGAGAUUUGA